CUCUCAGUGGUCAUGACUGGCUGUUUCCUGUGGCAGUAUCAUCUCCCUAAGCUGAAAGCUAGUUCCCUGGGGCCAGAAGUGACGUCUGCCCCUGUAAGGAUGUGUCCUCAGCACCCUGAGCCUGUGCCCCUGGCCCACCCUCUCCCUGUGUUGAAGGAGGCCCUGGAGAAGGUGGAUGGGAUUCUGCGCCAGGCGAUGUCUGCCCCAGGCAUGGCUGCCAUGUCUGCAGUUGUUAUCCACAAUGACACCGUGCUCUGGACGGGGAACUUUGGGAAGAAGAAUGGCUCAGACCCAGCUUCUGGACCCCCAAAUGAGUACACCAUGUACCGGAUCUCCAGCAUCUCCAAGAUCUUUCCAGUGCUCAUGUUGUACCGCCUGUGGGAAGAUGGAAUUGUCUCCUCUUUAGAUGACCCUCUGGAGCGGUAUGCCAGUGCUUUCACCAUUAAAAACCCACUGGGCAUGGCAUCAGCGUCCAAACAGCAGACCGUGAUAGAUGAGCUGGAAGAGGUUGGCCCAGUCCCAAGGCCUUCACCUGUGACCCUCCGAAGGAUGGCCAGCCAGCUCUCAGGACUUCCCAGAAGGCUCCGCUCCACUUCUCUGCUGUGGAAGGGCAGCACCCAGGAGGCCCUGAACCUGCUCAAGGAUGAUGUGCUGGUGGCAGACCCAGGAACCAGGUGUCAUUACAGCACACUAGCCUUCUCGCUGCUAGCCCACGUCCUCGCUUCCCACACUCUUCAGGGUGACUACCAGCGAUGGGUCUCAGAGAACCUCCUGGAGCCACUGGGAAUGACAGACACGGGCUUCGACCUCACGCCCUCUGUGCGUGUUCGUCUGGCAGCUGGCUUUUAUGGCAGUGGAAGGCCUGCGCCUCUGUAUGACUUGGGUUGGUAUCGCCCGUCUGGUCAGAUGUACUCCACUCCUGCUGACUUGGCCAAGCUGGCCAUGGUGCUCCUGGACAGCGGGUCCCAGAGGCUCCUGCGACCAGACGCCGCCAAGAUGCUCCUGGCGCCGCUGCUUGCCUGUCCGGGCGCCUACUUUGCCAAUGAGACGGGCACGCCGUGGGAGUUCCACCUGCAGCAGGGCUACAGAGUGGUGCGCAAGGAUGGGGACCUGGAUGGCUACGCAGCCACCUUCUCGCUUGUGCCCCCGGUGGGCCUGGGCCUCGUGCUGCUGAUGGCCGGGCCACGACCUCCUGGGCCCGACCUGGUGGCGCAAGCCUAUGACGUGCUCCUGCCUGCCAUGGAGAGAGCCUUCCGGGAGGCCGAGCUUAGCCCCGCCCCGCCGGCCAGCGCGCGCCCCUUCACCGGCUACUUCACCUUCGCCAACUUGACCUUCUACGAGGUGCGAGCUGGGCCGGCGGGCGAGCUGCGCCUGCGCCAAUUCGGCCCCCGCGUGGAGGCGCUGGUGCCGCCCGCGUUCCGCACGCUGACGCUGCGUCAUCUGCGCGGCCGCGUUUUCCAGCUGCACGUGGCCCGCGAGUUCCCGUGCGCGCUGCUGAUCGGGGAUUUCUGGCUGUCCUUGGAAGCGCAGCAUGGACAGCUCGUCCACUUCUACCCCCUAGAGUCCUACGGGCUGUCCCCAGGCUUUGACGUGCCGGGGCUCAACACCUAUCGGGUGUUGCGGCUGCAGCGCAAGCCUGUCUUCAAGACCCAGUGA